UUCACCCUGGUGUUUUAACAAAUCAAGCUGUUGAGCGGAUACUCCGUGUUUCCGAGAAAACAUCACGAACCGAGUUCCCCCAUUCACCUCUGAGACGAAUCCUCUCCAGUGUUACGAGUCUACCAGCGUUAUUUCAACAGAAGCAGACCCUGGGGAAGAGUUGCUCAUGAUCAGAUACAGGGGAUGCUGAGCAGCUACACUCGCAUGCUGUGGACAGACAAUUGCGGUUUGGAAUGAUAUGGAGGAUAUCAGAACAUACUAUUUUUAUGAGAAAUGCUACAGGAAAAGGCUUUAACUGUGGCGGAUGAAGGCUUGACCGUGGCCCAGUCCGGUGGGCAUCCUGAGCUUGCCAGUGAUUCCUCGGAUCUGGGCCUGCCUACAGCUCCCAUCAUUCCCCAAAACACUGAGCCUGACCAGAACAUUGAAAACAUCAAAGUGGUUCUUCAUGACAGGGAUCUAUGGAAGAAGUUCCACGAGGCCGGAACCGAGAUGAUCAUCACCAAAGCAGGCAGACGGAUGUUCCCCAGCUACAAAGUUAAAGUCACAGGGAUGAAUCCCAAGACCAAAUACAUCCUUUUAACUGACAUUGUCCCAGCUGAUGACCAUCGGUACAAGUUCUGUGACAACAAGUGGAUGGUGGCAGGAAAAGCGGAGCCUGCCAUGCCUGGAAGACUCUAUGUCCACCCAGACUCUCCCGCAACAGGGGCCCACUGGAUGAGACAACUGGUCUCAUUUCAAAAGCUGAAGCUCACAAACAACCACCUUGAUCCUUUUGGGCAUAUCAUCUUAAACUCUAUGCACAAAUACCAGCCCAGGUUACACAUAGUGAAAGCUGAUGAAAACAAUGCCUUCGGCUCCAAGAACACAGCCUACUGCACUCAUGUCUUCCAUGAGACAGCUUUCAUCUCUGUUACAUCCUAUCAGAACCAUAAGAUCACCCAGUUAAAAAUUGAGAACAAUCCUUUUGCCAAAGGUUUCCGUGGCAGCGAUGAGGGUGAUUUGCGUGUGUCCAGACUUCCAGGGAAAGAUUACCCUAUGAUUUCUAAGAACAUGGUUCGACAGCGGCUUAUCUCAUCACACAGCCAUCUGUCUGGAAAACUGUGCACAGGUGUGCUGAGUAGCCACCCACAGGUGGUUUCUCACUACCAAUAUGACAGUGGUGUUCCCCUGCCAGACUCUGAUUCCCAGGAAGCUCUUUCCAAUUCGUUACAUUCUAGUAGAGAAUCCAGCCUCAUUUACCACUGUUUCAAGCACAGAGAAAACACAAGACACUUGGAGCUAGGAUGUAAACGUCCCUACCUGGACACAACAGCCUCUGCAGUUUCAGAGGAGCAUUAUUUCCGCUCUCCUCCAUCCUACGAGCCACCCCUUCUGUCCCAUCCAUACUGCAGUGAGACUUUGGGUUCUAGAGAGACAUGCAUGUAUGGAGGAAUGGAGGAAGAGGCAGGGAGCACCGUGGGUACAGAUGACCUACCAGCCCCCUCGCUGAACUGCAAUAUGUGGGCAUCAGUGCAACCAUACCCACGCUAUGGCAUGCAGACUAUGGAGGCAAUGCCAUACCAACCCUUCACAGCUCACUUCAAUAGCACACCCACUGCUGCCUCUGUGGUUCCUCACAACUCUCUGUCCAUGCAGCGUUCACAUCAAGCACAUCCUGACCAAGUCACUUUCACCCCACAGCGGGCACUGCCACCCACACCAUCAUCAUCCUCCCCCUCCGGCCCCACCUCCCAUGAAAGAGCUGUACAUUUCUCCCCGUUUCAUAGGAAACCUGGUUCACCAUUGUGUUCACAAAGGGAUUUCAUAGCCUAUCCAACCAAUAGCCCUUCUUCAACACGAGAACCAACCUAUCAGUACCAAAUGGGCCUAAGCAGUGUUGGGCCUCAUUGGACUGACAGCUAAGGAGUAAUCCACAUCAUCAUUUAACCCACAGCCUACAACAAAGAUAAUCCUCUUCCUUUCUGAACAACAACUGAAUGAGAUUAUUUUCUAUGCAGCCAUGAUGCUACAUUGUAAAACAAAAGCCAUACAUCUAUUUAGCCUUGUAGUAUAGGAUGGCCACAAUGUGUGGCAUUGUGUAUUUAUUUUAAUUUGAGAUAGUUGCAGUUAAAUGUGCAGGCGUCGACAUUAAGAUAUAUGAAACUUUUCAGUGCCAGCUUUGUGUAUUAAGCACAAAAUAUGUGUGCCAAUUGAAAUCAUGGGACUUUUAGGCCAUGUCCACACUAACUUGUUACAUUUUGAAAAUGCAUUGAUUUUACUACAUUUACACCUCUCAUCCACACUAUAGGAUGGCAUCUUCCUCCACUGAAAAAUGGAGACUUUCAAAAAUGCUCUCCUCAACCACAUGCGGUACUUACUUAAAAACAAUGAUGUUAGAUAACUGAAAACAGAGUUUUCAAACUUAAACAGAUUAGUGUGGAUGUGCCCUUAGUGUAUUGGGUCUGAAUCAUGUCAGUGCCAGAUUAUAGUGGGAAGUUUAGUUUUUAGUUAACCGUAACAAAAUUACUGAAGCUUCUUUCUACCUCUUGACAUGUUAAGAGUGUGUAAAACCUGUGCUAAGCCAAAAGAUUGUUUUGCAGGAUGUUCACAGAAUACAUACGAUUUCUAAAUAGAAAAAGGUCUUUUCCAUUUUAAGUAUUGCUAAUGUAAUGAAUAUAUCUUUGCAAUCACAUCUAUGAAGCGAUUAUGUAUUAAAAUAUCUGACCCUCUGCCAUAAUCAAAUUAUAUAUACAUACACACAUACACUAGACUUGCAGCUGCUCUAUAAUACCUGGAAAUCAAACAAUCUGCAGUUAGCUCAAAUGAAUGCUGUCUCAAAUAUAUCUUGGACAUUUUCAGUACAGUAGUGUUGGAUGUGCUCCUGUGCAAUUACAUAUUUAUCAGACCAUGCCUCUGUGUAAGGUCAGCUGAACUGUAUGGGCUGGAAGAGAAGGGUUUGAGCAUAGUCCAAACGUGUGCAAUUACUGCAAUGGAAUAUCAGAGAAGUUCCUUGCAACCAGAUGGAUGCUUUAAGAAUGAUCAUUAAGCCAAGUGGAUAGAAGAAUGGUACAGAGAACUCCACUGAAGUCCAAAAAAACUCAACUGGCUUGGUUGGAAGAUCCUUACAAGAUUGAAAAUGUAAAACAGCCUAUGCAUCCAUAAGGCAAAUUCAAAGAUGAUCACAAAGGGUAUCACUGGUAGGCCAGUAGUUUUAAUGAAGAAAAACAGGAUGUGUUAAGGGAGCAUAUGGUUCUGAAAAAAAUUACAAAGUAAGCAUCUAACAAAUCAUCUCCAUGGGUAUUUAUAAAAAGAAAUUUGGCACACCGGUUAAAUAAACGGUAGCUUUUGUGGUCUCUCGUGAUGAGUUCAUUAUGAAGCAGUGUAUCCAAGAUCUCCUGUUUGAACAGUAUACAAAGCACAUGAAAGUACAGCAACCUUUCAAUAGUGUGGCACAUCACAUGUGAAGUAUAUGCCAUUACGAUUCCAAAUAAUAAGUAAAACCACUAACCAUGGGAGAUAAAAAAACGGAAAGCAGAAGUUUGGGAUCUUCAGCCUACAGCUGUGCUCAGUCUGUUUUCUGUAAUAAAAAUAAGGUAGCGAUAUGUGUUCAGUAACACAUGAUAUUUGGAAAUGUGUUAUUGAAAUGUGAUUGCAAUGCUGAUACUCAUAAUCAACUCCAGAGAGCAGGAACAAUUUUACAGAUGACACUAACCCACCGUGUCCAUCGAACUGAAAAUUCCUGAAUGUUGAUUAUAUUAUAAUCAUUUUAAUGUGCAGAUUAGAGAUGAAUACCUAUCAUUAACAUUUAAUUAAAAAACAUAAUAUUUAUGGUCUUAAGAAAGAAUAGGUCAUUCACUUUUGGGAAUUAGGGAUAC